UGUGUGUGAGGGUUGUGAGCGCGUGUGCUGUGUGUGUGUAAGUGCGCGAGUGUGUGGGUGUUCCUGAGCGGCGCUGAGUGCGGUUAGACGGCGGCGCCAGUUGACUCCCAAGCGCCGCGCAGCCACUACGCUUAGCCGCGUUUUGUCCGCACCGCGAUCCCAAUAACUUUGUGCACUGGAAACUUUUCAAAGCAAUUUUCGCGUGUUAUCGAACUUCGCUUCGCGUUAUCGUCGCGAAUUACGUGUACCGCGCUGCGGGCGUGCUUGCUGAGCGAUUAGACACGCACUUUCGCACGUGUAAACGUAUCGGUCGGUCUAUUUUUGAAUAUUCUCUAAACGCUACACCGCGAAGUUUUCGAAACGCCCGUACCGGGUUAACGCCCGCUGCACAGUGCAGUCGCAACGGCAGUGUUUUUGUUGACGGAUAACAUUUUGUGUUGUUAACCUCCGCUCAAUCUGAGAGACGUUAUCUUGGUGCGCGCGCCUGUAAUCUCUCGGUCGAGUGAUGACUUCGGAUGACCUUGUUUGUGGUUUGUCUUUGUGAGUGUCAGUGAGAGCCAGUAGUGUUUGUGCUGUAACCGGUAGUGCCAGUGAUGUGACAAUUUAUGGAAGUGUCAGGUUUAACUCGGAAUGUUCACAAAGAACGCCAAGGCUCCCGAGCGGUGCCGUCACCCUCAUAGGAGCUACAAGAAGAAAAAGCCUCUGCCGCAUACGCCCUGGAAGUACUUGAUGAAUUGCCCACUCGUUAGGAAAUGUUUUGGUCUACAGUUGCGCAGCAUAGAGGAGCCGGCAGGUGGCGCGGGCGGCGGUGUGCCCGCGGCCACCUGCUAUGAUGCGGAAUGCGCGCGCACUGAGGCCUGGCUGGACGAGAAUCAGGAGUUUGUGCAUGAUUACUUCUUAAGGAAAGCGACACGGCAGGUGGUAGACGCAUGGCUGGUGUCGCACGCGACGCCGCCCAGUGCCGAGCUCGCGUCGCCGUCGCGGGCUGGAUCUGGCGCCACCACACCAGUCAGGAAGAUAUCGGCGCACGAGUUCGAGCGAGGCGGGCUACUGAAGCCGCUGGUGACGACGGUGGACGGGACGCCGACGUUUCUCGGCGACCAGCCGCAUGCCGCGCCGUCGCGGCCGCAGCGCCGCUCGCGACAUGAGCUGAGGCAGCUCGAUGAGAAAGAACUCAUAUUUGAGCUGGUGAAAGACAUCUGCAAUGAGCUGGAGGUGCGGGUGCUGUGCCACAAGAUCCUGCAGAACGUGUCGAUACUCCUGGACGCGGACCGGGGGUCCCUUUUCCUGGUGCAGGGCGAAAAGGCGGCGUCCCCGCAUCCUCAGAACGGCAGAUGCCUCGUGUCGAAGUUGUUCGACGUGUGCUCCAAGUCCACGCCCGAGCAGAUGGAGCACCUGGAGGAGAUCCGCAUCCCCUGGGGCAGCGGGAUCGUCGGCUACGUCGCCGAGAGCGGCGAGCCCGUCAACAUACCCGACGCUUACAAAGAUGAACGGUUUAACCACGACAUCGACCAGCAAACAGGGUACAAGACGAGAUCGUUACUAUGCAUGCCUAUCAAGGAUAUCAAUGGAGAAGUUAUUGGGGUCGCUCAGGUGAUAAACAAACAGAACGACGGCCCGUUCACAGCGAACGACGAGAAGGUGUUCGCGUCGUACCUCCAGUUCUGCGGCAUCGGGCUGCGGAACGCGCAGCUGUACGAGCGGUCGCAGCUGGAGGUGAAGCGCAACCAGGUGCUGCUCGACCUGGCCCGCAUGGUGUUCGAGGAGCAGAGCACCAUCGAGCACAUGGUGCUGAGGAUACUCACGCAUACGCAGAGCCUCAUAAGAUGUCAACGAGUACAGGUCCUUCUAGUCCACGAAGCGUCGAAAGGCAGUUUCUCCCGCGUGUUCGACCUGGAGGCUGGCGACGAGACAGAGCCCGGCACGCCCAGGACUUCCCCAUACGAGAGUCGCUUCCCCAUCAACAUAGGGAUCACCGGUUAUGUAGCCACUACGGGAGAGACUGUGAACAUAGCGGACGCAUACCUGGACGCCCGGUUCGACCCCUCGGUCGACGAGGGCACGGGCUUCAAGCACAAUACCAUCCUGUGUAUGGCCAUCAAGAACUCGGAGGGCAGGAUCAUCGGAGUCAUUCAGUUAGUAAAUAAAUUCGAUGAGCUGCUGUUCACGAAGAACGACGAAAACUUCGUGGAGGCGUUCGCGAUAUUCUGCGGGAUGGGCAUCCACAACACGCACAUGUACGAGAAGGCCAUCACGGCCAUGGCCAAGCAGAGCGUUACUCUUGACGUUUUAAGUUACCAUGCAUCCGCUACAUUAGAUGAUGCACAGCGGUUACGAACGCUGAGGAUAGCCUCGUCGGCCCACUUCAGCCUCCACGAGCUGGACUUCGACGACAUCCACAUGAGCGACGACGACACGCUCACCGCUUGCCUCCGCAUGUUCCUGGACCUGGACUUUGUGGAGCGGUUCCAUAUCGACUACAGCGUGCUGUGCCGGUGGCUGCUCAGCGUUAAGAAGAACUACCGGAACGUGACUUACCAUAAUUGGAGACACGCUUUUAACGUCGCACAGAUGAUGUUCGCUAUUUUAACUGAAACCCAAUGGUGGAAGAUUUUCGGCGAGCUGGAGUGCCUGGCUCUGAUCAUCGGCUGCUUAUGCCACGACCUUGAUCACCGAGGGACCAAUAACUCUUUCCAGAUCAAGGCAUCGUCACCUCUGGCGCAGCUGUAUUCGACGUCCACCAUGGAACACCACCACUUCGACCAGUGUCUGAUGAUCCUCAACUCUCCUGGCAACCAGAUACUGUCCCAUUUGUCUUCAGACGACUAUGAGAAGGUCGUCAAGGUGCUUGAGGACGCGAUCCUGUCGACAGACCUGGCUGUGUACUUUAGCAAACGCACGUCUUUCAUUGAGCUAGUCGAGCAGGAGCGGUGCGUGACUGCGGAGUGGGGCGAGUGCGAGGAGCGGCGCGGCCUGCUGCGCGCCAUGCUCAUGACCGCCUGCGACCUGGCGGCCAUCACCAAGCCCUGGCCUGUCGAGAGGCGUGUGGCGGCUUUAGUGGCUGGCGAGUUCUUCAGACAGGGGGAUCUUGAGCGGCAGAACUUGAACUUGACUCCUAUUGAUUUGAUGAAUCGGGAUAAAGAAGAUGAGCUGCCGGCCAUGCAAGUCAAAUUUAUCGACACAAUCUGUUUGCCUAUUUAUGAGGCAUUCGCAGUCCUAUCGCCGAGCCUACAGCCGAUGCUAGACCGAGUCAAAAGCAAUCGAGCGCACUGGAUCGAGCUCUCCAACAACGACAAGAACGACUACAUGGACAAGGAGCCAGAAAGAGACAAGUCCAGCCUUAGCUCCCACGUCGAGGACACCGAUACGUACGAGGGAGACAGCAGCGGCGCUGUCAGCUUGUCUUCGGAGACCAAUUUCAAGUAUGAAAACCUCGAAAACCCAGUCGUAGGGCUGCUAGCCAACAACGCGCUCGCGCUCACUAAUCAGGGUAAAUUCAACAACGUCAAUGACGUCAAUUAAGACGCAUUAGAUGUUUCGAAGGCCAAUAGAGAAGCCAAAUCGUCCAAUUAGAUAGCUUAGCGUAAGUUCCGUAUCCCGCACAGCACAAGACUUUCGUAUUUUUAAUUUUACUUUCAACCAGCGAUUUCUGUAAUUUGUUAAAUGUAAAUCGAUGUUCCUAUUGGUCUGACUGGGAGGUAUAUUUCACAUGGCGGGCGUAGAAACAGAUGUGUGAUAUUUAUGUAGUAAAUAGUCGAUAUAGUCAAAUGAAUUUCCCAUAACGCAUGGCGUUUAAUAAGUAACUUAUCACCUGUCGCUGCACUAUUUUUGUACACUUCAUUUACUAACGUUUUUAAAAAAAAGUAAUAUACUUCGAAGUCUGUAACUACGUAUUAAAUUUUACUCGUUAGAAACGAUAACGAAAUAACUUAUAUUUCAAUGUAUUUAUGAUGAUAAAACUUCUAAAUCGAUGGUUUAUCGGAAGAUACGACUGUAUGAAAUUUACAGUGCCCAAUGAGUUUUUAGUCGAAAAUAUAACUGAAUGACAUUUAUUUGUUUACUAGAUUUUAAGUAUCGUAACGUGUCAAACAUAAAUGACCAAGAAACCAAAAAGUCUUAUUGUACUAAAUUAUUAUUAAUUGUUUUUGAAUUCACUCCGUAAGCUUUGAGUAUUACGAAUGAAUUUCGGUACUGUUGUUUUAAAAUUUAGUUUAGAUGGAGCAUAUCGAACGAUAGAUUGUUUAAAAAUGUAAAUUAUGUACUAGCACAAUGUAAAUAAUAAUCAAGAAUGUUACUAACAAAAUAAUCUUCACUGAGUACUUAUUUUCGCUUGGGCAUUUUUUGUCAAAAUUGUUAAAUGUUAGUGUCGAAAUGGCGUCCAGCAGGCGUAUUAUGGAUGGUUUUAUCCACGUGAUAAAAUAACUGUCACUUUUUAACACCGCGGUAUAGAAAGUGACAGACACCGUUUUAUCACGCCGUCACGUAGACAAGAACGACCAUAUCCGUACAGAUCAAAAUAUAUCCAUAGGUAUGUCUGGCUUCAUAUUACGCUUGACGCGAUUAAUUUCUUACUUUGAAUUAGACAAGCCCUCAUCUAAUGCUAAUAGAAAUGGCACCACCACGUUUGAUAUUUAACGAGUUUUGACACAAAACGCCGCAGCGCUUAUUUUUAUGUUCAGGUCUUAAUGGGACCGGGAAAACUUCUAUAUCUUGUCCUUAAAGGAACAGAGGCCUCGCAGGUUUAGUUACAGGACAUCCUCAGGGAGUUGUAUUUCUAGUUGAAUCCAGUGUUGGUAACGAUUCGAGCCCUUGGAGUGCUCACCUUAUUUUUUGAAGUGGAAACUUUAGCGGCGCUGUGCACUUUUUGUGAUGGGGAAAAAAUGUUAAACUCGCGAGAGCGUAAGACGUAAGACGCUUCGUUAGACGGACACGUGACCUGAUCGAAAAACUUUUACAAUGUUAUUGAGUUUCCACUUCUGCCGGCACUCCCGGAGUGGAACCCCUUGUUAUCUUUUAUACGUUCUUAUGUUAACACCAGAGAACUCUUAGGAUACUAGUGUUCUUUUAAAACGCAUUAUUUUUACAUGCGAUACGUGUUCUUAUUCAUGGUCGUUAUUGUAUCGUUGUCUUUCAAUAGCUACCGUUUUCUUUACUAUUACGACAGGGUUAAUAAUAGUGCUUGAAUCUUUUUUAGUCAUACUUCAAAUGGAUUUUAAAAGGACCCGACUUGACUAAUAAAAAGAGUUGAAAGCUUUAAAGGUAAUCGGGAAAAUCAAAAAAUCACUCGACACAAGAAUAACACAGAGGCAAAUAUACGAAACUUUGAUAUCGUCACUACUUUAAAAAAAAAUCUUGUAUGUUGUUCUGUCGAUCCAAAGAAAAAUGUGGGAUAGGAUGCAUACAGAGUUACUGCGUUUCAAAUUUGAGUUGCAGUGUGAGAUACGAGAUAUUUUCAAAGUAGUGACGAUAUUCAAUAUUCGCUGGAGCCCGCCUGUGCCUCUACACGAUGGGCCAACGCCGGCCACUCCAAGGGACGCAGCCAUGCGUUAGAAUGAGAUAGCAAUAUCACUUGCUCGCUCUAACGCAUAAAUGCGUCCCUUGGAUUGGCCGGUAAUCGUGUAGAGGAGCCAUAAAUGUAGACUCGUGAGACUCGAGUGAUUACCAACUCUGGUUGUAUCUGCAUAUUUUCUUAUUACCUCAUUAAAUCAUUAAAAGUUGUUAGACAGUUACGGUACCCAAUAAACCAUUCCAAUCUUUGUACCUACCUUACAUUCGUGUUGUCUAUAUCGGCGGCCGAUAGUAAAAUCAGACUGUCAAUGAAAUUUCUACGCAUAUCGUGAAGCGUGAAAAUCAUUGUCUCGUUCCCUGAGUCGACGAAGCCCCCUAUGCGGGACUCCUAUUUCUGGACAGUUUGCCCUUCGGGCAUCUAAAGCAACUUAACGAAGCUAUCCUAUAUAUUUAUUGGUUAAAUAUGACUACCGUCAAACAAUACAUAGGAACUUUACGAUCGGCCUGAUUUUACGAUCGGGCGCCAUCUAUAUGGCCGAUUUUGUAAACGAUAUAAGACCUAAUAACAAAGGCCGUUCGUCCCGAGGACAAUUAUCGUCGUAUUGGCCCGUAGUAAACUAAAAUUGUCAAUUAACAUAAAGUUAAUACAAGUUAGAAUGUAUUUAGCACUUUUUCUGUAAAUUUAUUUCGUGCUUUGUCCAAAUAAAUUAAUGAUUGUCAUUGUAAUUCCUGAUAAAUCUUAUAAUCAAAAUGGUUUUCGAGUUAUAUGAAAACUUUGAUGUACUUACUCAUUCCAUGUCAAAAUAGUAAUUCUUAAAGUUUAAUCUGGCUUAUUUCCUCUAAACAAUACAAGACUUUGACCAAUUUGUUCCGUAAAGGAAAAUAUGCGAAGAAAAUAUUUUCUAUUUGGAAUAUCUCUCUAUAAGCAUAGGCGUUGUUAUGUAUUAAACACUAGAUCGCUUGUAAUUAAAAUUUAAUCUAACAUCUUGAAAAGAUACGUAGAUAUAUGUGACGUUUUCAACCGAAAGCUACCACUUUGUCGGUUGUCGAUAAGGUUGAUUUCAAAUAAAAGGUACAUGGAAAUAGCGCCUUAUUGACAAGCGACAAUAAGUACACUUUUGGUUAAAAAUAGCACAUAUGUAUGUGUAUUUGUUGGACCAUAUUUGACAGUUCGGGUGUCUCUUGGAAUGCUAAUAAAGCCGACCGCGAUUAUCAGUGCAUCUUAUAUCUGGUCCAAUGUGUAUUUGCGUCUCACAUUCUGCUUAAUGAGAGAGUGAGAUGCAAUGCACAUUGGACAAGGAAAUUGGACAGGUGGAGCCCAUCUGUGCGUUAGCACUAUUGCUUAUCCGUGUGUAUAUUACACGACCGUGUUUAAUGCAUACCAACGCCCAAAAUAUUUUACAUGAAGAAAAUCUCAAAUUAAUUGUGGUAAUAAACUAUGUACAACUAUAAUGUUAAGAUUGCUGUAAGUAUUAUUAGAAGUAAAUAGACAAUUAAUAACUGUAAUUCACUAAAUGAUGAGUUGUAUGGUGUGUGAAUAUGGAGGUUGUUUUGUUCCAAACAAAAAUGUUAUUUAUUUAUGAUUAAACGAAAUUUUAAAUACU